UGGUAAACAAAUAAACAAACCGGACCGGGCCGAGAUUCAACUAUAUGUCAAGACUCGUCAAUUUCGAAGUUUCGAACUCUUGUUUCUACGGUCCUGUCAAAUAUUAAAUAUUUGUACUUUUGCAUUCUCUAUGUGGUUCGUUUGAUUCGAGAAUUUUUGACACUACAGACCUCUGUAACUGACGUGUAUCUGUGGCCCGACGAAAAAUGGCACUCCGGACGUACGGUGACAAGCCGAUCAGUUUCCAAGUGGAAGAGAAUGGCGAAUACUACUGCAUUGGAUCCGAGGUCGGCAAUUACUUGCGACUGUUCCGUGGUUCUUUGUACAAACGGUAUCCGGGCAUGUUUCGCAGGACCAUUACGAACGAUGAGAGGAAACGUUUAAUUGAUUUGGGUUUAAGUGCUCAUUGCCUGGCCUCUAGUGUAUCACUAUUAAGGGCAUCUGAAGUUGAAGAUAUUAUUGAUGGUAAUGAUGAACGUUACAAAGCUGUAUCUGUAACUUCAACUGAACCAUUAAUUACAAGAGAAUCUAAAGGAAAAAAAUCAGUUCCAUGGGUUCCAUCAUUACCAAACAGUUCACAUUUGGACGCUGUUCCUCAGGCUACACCCAUCAACCGUAAUAGAAUUAUACAAAAAAAAGUCAGGACGUUCCCAUUAUGUUAUGAUGAUACUGAUCCGGCAAACAUUCACGAGAAUGCUAACUUUUCUGAAUUGUUGGUUCCAAUCAGACUCGAUAUGGAAAUUGAAGGACAAAAAUUGAGAGAUACAUUUACUUGGAACAAAAAUGAAAGUUUAAUAACUCCAGAACAGUUUGCUGAAGUACUAUGUGACGAUUUAGAUUUAAACCCUCUGCCAUUUGUACCAGCCAUCGCACAAUCUAUACGUCAGCAAAUUGAAGCAUUUACUAAUGAUAAUAUUUUAGAUGAACAACAUGACCAAAGAGUUAUUAUCAAGUUAAACAUCCAUGUAGGUAAUACAUCAUUAGUGGAUCAAGUUGAAUGGGACAUGGGUGAAAAAGAUAAUUCACCUGAACAGUUUGCCAUGAAACUAUGUGCCGAACUAGGGCUUGGCGGAGAAUUUGUAACUGCCAUUGCAUACUCCAUCAGAGGGCAGUUGAGCUGGCAUCAGCGUACCUACGCUUUCAGUGAGGCCCCACUGUCAGUCGUUGAGACUCCAUUUAGACCACCAUCAGAUGCCGACCAAUGGAGUCCAUUCCUGGAGACAUUGACAGAUGCAGAAAUGGAAAAGAAGAUUAGAGAUCAAGACAGGAACACUAGGCGAAUGCGAAGACUGGCCAACACCACACCAGGAUGGUAAUAACAUCAUUAUUAAGUAUUUUAAAUAUAAGUUAACUCGCCUACCGUGAGUCAAACCCAGAUCAAGGUCCCAUCACAGCUCCAUGUUAACAUCUUCAACAGCGAUACAACUGCAACAUUUUUUAUUUAAAAUUAUUAUACGUAUUACAUUAUAUAAAACAAAGUUAGAAUAAUAAAUCAUUUUUAUAAUUUAUUUUUAAUUGUGUUUGAAUGUACACCCUGUACAUUUGAUUUACUUCAGAACUUUGGUACUAAAAUGUCAUUGAAAUCUAAUAGUGGCUUUGUAAUAUAGUAAUUAAUGUAAUACUUUAUUAUGAUACGGUUACUAUAGUAACUUAUUGUAAAAGGACAAAAGGUGCACCAAACUAACAACUGUUUUGUGUUGUUUGUUUUGACAAUGUAAUUGAGUUUUAAAAUAAUAUAAAAAUCUGAACUAGUAUAGUA